AUGGCUCAUUCGGUAAGGAAACAUAGCGUUUUGAAUAUAUGUUUACGAUAGUUUCAGAGUCAUAGGCUGGAUUAAGUUUUAGAAUAUGUAUUUUUAGAUUAAUAUGUUUAUGAUAUUUCUAGAUUAAUAUGUUGGAUCUUAUCAAAGCUUGUGAAGCUGAAAGUGAACUCGACUUUCUCCAAGAGUCGUUUGUGCUUACUGAUGAGCAGAAGGAAGCUGUUCUUCAACAACGCAUUAUAUUUUGGACGAACGCGAUGGCCGAAGAUAUUGAACGGGAGAAUCCGGUUGGAGUUGACCCUGAUAUGAUGGCAAACUGGACCAAGGAUCAACGUCGCCUGUUCAACGAAGACUGGGCCAAUGAUGAUGGUUUAUGCGAACUCGAACAGAUGCCUGAACCGCCAGAAAACCAAAUAGGUGAAGGGAGCAAGCGAAGGCACGCCAGUGAUCACGCCCCCUCAAAACGCCAAAGACCAGAGGAGUAUUUCACUAUUAAAUCAGCUAAGCAAGUCAACGUGAGGAAAUUCAGGACGACAGGUACACAUUAAACUGUUUUUAUAUUUUUAAGCGUAACAUCGGUUACGUGAGUGAGGUUUCGAUUUUAUUAGGCUCCAUUUACACUAUACCGGAUUGCUAUCGGAGUGGGUCACAUUUUGUAGGUAUCGAAAGGCUUAAUCUCAGAGCCCCAAAUAAACAUGCCAAUUCUGUCAAACUAAUAAGCAUUUGCUACUAGCCAUUGCUCCGUAACGGCAAAAGAAGAUGUAGUGACCAGCGAAUCCUGUAUAGUGUAAACCGGAGCUUAUAAGAGUUGUGUUUAUUGCUUAUAUGUACAUCUGUAGUUGGCUGUACGAAGGAUGUCCAACAAGUUAGCUUUUUAUAAAUGGUCAUAACUCUCAAAUGAGGCCUUAGUAUUUACAGGGCUUAUGAUUAGAAUUGUAGCUAAAUGUUUCGAGUGGCACAAUCCGGUAAAUAGCGAACUUAAGACCCACGACGCGCUUGUGAAAGAAAAAAAAAUUAUUGUGCAAGACAAAAACUAUCAAUAAUUCGUGGUCUCAGGGGUAUUUUCAAAGGCUUUGUCGUGCUAAAAAACGUUAAACUAAGCAUUAGCACGACUUUCACGCAAGGUGAACGCUUAUUGCGACCCUAAAGCCGUCUUAAAGUCGAAAUUACAGCAAACACUGCAUCGCUUUAGUCGAACUUGGCAGUUUUUUAAGGUUAUUUGAAAAAUCUUCAAACAUUUAUUACAGUAAUGCAAUUGCUUAGGGCUCAUUCUUGAACUGAAAUUCAGACCGCGUCGUUGAGCUGGCGCGUCAUAGAUCUUGAGCUCUCUAUUAGUGUUGUUUGUACAACCUCCCGUUUUUUAGGUAUCCAAAUUAUUCCAUAUUACAGAGUAAUCAUGUUACAGUAAUCUAUAUAAUGAUUACUGCUAUAAAAAUAACGCAAUGGUGUAAACUCGCCACAUUUUCCUUGGCCAUUAGACCAAGGCUUAUAGUGUAAAAACACCUCAUGAAAUGUUGGGUGUUUAAGGUUACUUGUUAACAACCAUAGUCUUUCUGAUUGCUAUUACUUAGUACAAUAGUGUAUUACGGUUUUUAGGUACAGACUAUACUGUUCAAUUCAAUCCGUUGGACGUGCACGGGGUGUCGAACGUCAUGUCGACGUUGAACCGCGCAUUUCAACAUUUAUUUGACCGACUCACGAGUGACAUGUCACCUCACGAUCAAGUUCGCCUGAUCCUCAACUCGGAUCAGCUGGACAAAUCCAUUUCCUUGCCUUUCCUGCAACGCGAUCGUCUAACCCCAGAACGUUUCCUGGCAGCUGUUGAACGUGUCGUACAGUCCAAUGAUCAAUUUACUUUGGAUGACUCUGUCAGCGUCAACGUGGUCCAUGUAGAAAUGCCUCAGGGUGGUACGGGGCGUAAGCGUGAUAUUGUGAACCUCGAAAGUUUUCUCAGAAAAAAGGACUGUAUCGUUCAAAUAAAAAACAAAGAUGAUCUCUGUUGUGCCCGCGCGAUCGUGGUGGCCAAAGCGAAAUUGGAUAACGACCCCCAAUACAGAAGUAUUGUUAACCAUCAAAGGGCCAUGCAAACUCGCCUAGCUCGAGAACUCCACGAGUCUGCUGGUGUUUCUCUUGGUUCCUGUGGCAUCCCAGAAAUCAAACAGUUCCAAGCAGCUCUCCCUGGUUAUCAACUGAACGUGAUCUCUAAAGAACAUUUGAACGCUAUGAUUUAUUCUGGCCCUGAAGCAGACAAAUGUUUAUACCUGUACCAUCAUGACAAUCAUUACGAUGUCAUCACCAGUAUGCCUGCCUUCCUCGCCUGUAAAAAGUAUUGCCAUAAAUGCAAGAAGGGAUACGACAAGAUUACUGACCAUCCAUGUGGCGAUCUGUGCAAACUGUGUAAUACCCAGAACUGUCCCAUCGUUGAAUGGAAAUUUUGCAAAGACUGUAACCGGUUCUUUAAAAGUGACGAAUGCUUCAACCGCCAUAAAGAUGACGCUGGUCCUGCCAAAUCCCUGUGUUGUGCUUUAGUGAAAUGCAAGAAAUGCAAACGUGUGGUUACUCGUGCCAGUCUUCGCGAUCAUCAUUGUGGCAAAGUCAGAUGUUCCACCUGUCAAAAGUACGUCAAGCCUGAAAACCACCAAUGUUAUCUUUAACCUGUAAAGGCGAAGAAAACACGAUCCACUGAAGAACGAAACGAUUUGCUCGAUGAUGAUGUGGCCGUGGAAAACGACGUAGAAGACACCAAAAACUUAAUGUUCUUUGACUUCGAAUGCACGCAAGACGAUGGUAAACACGUCCCCAAUCUCUGCGUAGUCCAGAACGAAAGCGGUGACGAGAAAGUCUUUUCUGGGCCAAACACGAAAGACGAGUUUUGCGAGUGGAUGUUUCAGCAGGAAAACGCGAAUACGACGUUUGUCGCACAUAACUUUCAGGCUUACGACGGGUACUUUAUUCUACAAUACCUUUACAAGAAUGGUAUCACUCCAGAAAUCAUUACCCGUGGCGCAAAAAUCCUUUCCCUCACUGUCCCCGAAAUGAACAUCAAGUUUAUUGAUUCUCUCUGUUUCAUCCCAAUGAAACUCGCCGCCUUCCCGAAAACGUUUGGUCUCACAGAGCUUCAGAAAGGUUACUUCCCUCAUUUCUUUAACCGUGCUGAGAACCAAGACUACGUGGGACCUCUUCCAGACUCGAAGUUCUACGAUCCUGAUGGCAUGAGCAGCGAUGACCGAGAAAAGUUUUAUUCAUGGUACAACGAGCAAGUCCGGCGUCAGUACGAGUUCGACUUUCAAGCCGAAAUUCUUCGAUAUUGUCAAUCCGAUGUGGACAUUUUGCGUCGCUGCUGUCUCGAGUUCCGCGAACUUUUCAGCCAAAUCACAGAUGUUGACCCUUUUGCCUCUUGUCUCACCAUUGCUUCUGCGUGUAAUCUCGUCUUCCGUAAAACGUUCCUCCAGGAGAACACCAUCGCCGUCAUUCCUCCUUGCGGGUACAAGCCUGAAAACAAACAGUCCGUCAUCGCCUUGAAGAUGCUGGCCUGGGUCGCUCAACGUGAUAACACCGUCAUUCGCCACGCCCGGAACCACGGAGAGCAGCGCAUUGGCAAGUAUCUUGUCGAUGGUUUCAACGUUGAAACAAACACUGUUUGGGAAAUUCAAGGAUGCCUGUGGCAUGGAUGCGAAAGAUGUUAUGCUAGAGAUACCGUGAAUCCGAUCAACCAUAUGACCAUGCAAGAUCUUAAGCAGCGAACCCUCGAGAAAAUCCAGUUCCUAAAGGAUAACGGAUACAAUGUCGUAGAGAUUUGGACGUGUGAUAUUGAGCGUCAACUUGCCACUGAACCCGAGAUGAAGGACUUCUUCGACAAUUUCGAGAUUUCUGAACCUCUUGAACCUCGUCAUGCAUUCUUUGGUGGAAGGACUAACGCAACACGCCUAUAUUACGACGUCCAGCCAGAAGAGAAGAUCCGCUAUGUGGAUUUCUGCAGCCUCUACCCAUGGUAUGUAUCUUGUUGAAGUCCUUUAACUGAAACGUGUUUGCCGUUAACCUUCUUAAACAUUUUUAGGUGUAACAAAUACGGCGAGUAUCCGAUUGGCCAUCCCAAGAUUAUUACUGAGAACUUUCAACCUAUCAGUGACUACUUUGGUUUGGUGAAAUGUUCUGUGCUUCCUCCUCGUGCCCUAUACCACCCCGUCCUCCCUUACCGUACUCAGGGUAAAUUGAUGUUCCCGUUGUGUCGUACUUGUGCCGACAACCUUCAGCAAGAGCCCUGCCAUCACAGCGACGCCGAGCGAGCCCUUCAUGGGACGUGGGUGACUUUGGAGCUCGAGAAAGCACUAGAGAAAGGCUACAAACUGGUGAGAGUCGACGAAGUUUGGCACUUUCUCGAGCACACAGAUGGGCUGUUUAAGGACUAUAUUGAUACGUUCCUCAAAAUCAAGCAAGAGGUAAGGCUUCAAUAUGUGUGUGAUAUUGUCACAUCAUUAGUUUCUUAUUAUUUCUUUCUCUUUUGCAGGCGAGUGGCUUUCCGCCGGAAUGUGACACCGACGAGAAAAAGGGGCAGUACAUCGUUGAUUACGCCGCAAAAGAAGGUAUUCAGUUGGAUCCAAGACAGAUUGUGAAGAAUCCUGGUCUGAGGGCGUUGGCGAAGCUCAUGUUGAACUCUUUUUGGGGUAAGUGCAAUGGCAAAUUGUCCACUAACGGUACUUGGGAAAAACAAGUGUUUGUUAAAAAUCUAUCAUUUCUUGUAGGAAAGUUUGCGCAACGACCUAACAUGACCAAAGUCAAAAUCAUAUCGGAUCCAGCUGAAUAUUUUGACCUCCUCUCCAGCGACCAGAUUAACGUCACCGACGCGAAUUUCAUCAAUGACGAGCUCAUUGAAGUCCAUUUUGAAAACGUUGACGAAUUCGUGGAAGCCGACGGAAAGACAAAUGUGGUCAUCGCAGCGUUCACCACAGCCCACGCCCGCCUCAAGCUCUAUGGUGUCCUGGAUCUGUUAAAUCGCCGAGUCUUAUAUUUUGACACAGAUUCAGUUAUCUACGUUUCAAAGGAAGACGAAUGGGAGCCGCCGACGGGAUCCUAUCUUGGUCAACUAACGGAUGAGUUGGAUGGAGGUUACAUUACAACCUUUGUGUCUGGAGGUCCUAAAAACUAUGCCUACGAGACAAACACAGACAAAACAGUAUGCAAAGUUAGAGGGAUCACCUUAAACUACAGGACCCAACAACAUGUCAACUUUGACGUCAUGUCUGACAUGGUCAGGGGUGAAGGUCCCGAGAAAGUAACUGUAAAUAUACCAUACAAAAUAAAUAGAGACACUAAAGAGAAAAGUGUAAAGACGAGGAGUGAGAACAAGAACUAUCGUAUUGUAUAUAAUAAACGUGUGAUUGUAAAUAAUUUUGAUACAUUACCUUAUGGUUUUUAA